CGGCGGUAGCGGCGCGAGUCGCGGGGUGCGGCGGGCCUGGGGCUGGAGAGCGCGACGGCGGCCUAGAGAGGCAGACGGCGGCAGCGGGCCGAGCGGGAGGAGGAGGAGGGAGGAGGCGCGGCAGCCGCCCUGGCCCGGCAUGGAGAUGGAAAAGGAGUUCGAGCAGAUCGACAAGGCCGGGAGCUGGGCGGCCAUUUACCAGGACAUCCGGCAUGAAGCCAGUGACUUCCCUUGUCGAGUGGCCAAACUUCCUAAGAACAAAAACCGCAACAGGUACAGAGAUGUCAGCCCUUUUGACCACAGUCGGAUUAAGCUGCAUCAGGAGGAUAAUGACUAUAUCAAUGCUAGCCUGAUAAAAAUGGAAGAAGCUCAAAGGAGUUACAUCCUUACUCAGGGCCCCCUGCCUAACACAUGUGGGCACUUCUGGGAGAUGGUGUGGGAGCAGAAGAGCCGGGGCGUGGUCAUGCUCAACCGCGUGAUGGAGAAAGGCUCGUUGAAGUGCGCACAGUACUGGCCACAAAGAGAAGAGAAAGAAAUGGUGUUUGAUGACACGAAUUUGAAGUUGACCUUGGUCUCUGAAGACAUCAAGUCCUACUACACAGUACGACAGCUAGAAUUGGAAAACCUUACGACUCAGGAAACACGAGAGAUCUUGCAUUUCCACUAUACCACGUGGCCUGACUUUGGAGUCCCCGAAUCACCAGCCUCCUUCUUGAACUUUCUUUUCAAAGUCCGAGAGUCUGGCUCACUCAACCCGGAGCAUGGCCCCGUGGUGGUGCACUGCAGCGCCGGCAUCGGCAGGUCGGGAACCUUCUGCCUGGCCGACACCUGCCUCUUGCUGAUGGACAAAAGGAAAGACCCCUCAUCUGUGGACAUCAAGAAGGUGCUGCUGGAGAUGAGAAAGUUCCGGAUGGGGCUGAUCCAGACAGCUGAUCAGCUGCGCUUCUCCUACCUGGCCGUCAUUGAAGGGGCCAAGUUCAUCCUGGGAGACGCUUCGGUGCAGCAUCAGUGGAAGGAGCUCUCCCAUGAGGACCUUGAGCCCCCGCCAGAGCACACACCGCCCCCUCCCCGGCCUCCCAAGCGGAUCCUGGAGCCCCACAACGGCAAGUGCAAGGAGUUCUUCCCCAACCACCAGUGGGUGAAGGAUGCGGCCGGGGAGAGCACUGACAGCCCGGCCAAGGAGGACAGCAGAACCUCCCUGAGCGCCCCCUACAGCUUGGAAAGCACGAGUCAAGACACUGAAGUUAGAAGGCGAGUCAUGGGGAGCAGUAUGCGAGGCCCCCAGGCUGUAUCCCCCGCCCCGGAGGAGCCGUCGUCAUCCAUGGAGGAAGAGGGCUCCCACGCACUGACUCCCUGGAAGCCCUUCUUGGUCAACAUGUGCAUGGCCACGGUCCUCACAGCCGGCGCCUACCUCUGCUACAGGGUGUGCUUCCACUGACGGCUCGCUGCGGGACGCGCACAGGCGAGCGUGGCCUCCGCCGGCCCCGCAACAGGAUUGGGCUCUGCGGAGCCCUGGAGCCCGCCUGGGAAGCAGCACCCAGAGCCGGCUGUCUGGACCACGGCAGGGUGGAUGCGCUGGGUGGCGAGGAGCCCUCUGGUCCCAGGAACAUAAGAGUCUAUCUCAGGGCCUUCAACUAUUCAGGAGUAAGUAGAGAAAUGCCAAAUACGUCGCACGCCCAUUCUCUCUCUCUCUCUCUGCUCGGUUGUUUUGGGGAAAAGUUGAAUUACAACACAUUGUUGUUUUUAACCUUUAUAAGCAGCAGCUUUUUGUUAUUUCUGGAGGAGAAAAGAAAAAAAAAAAAAAAAACAAGCCAAACAGGCACUUAGGAACCUCUUGUUACAUAGCUUGCAUUUGGUUUCCCAGGGGAGGAUCUCAAACUUGGACUUGAGGCAGAAGGCUGGGAGGUGGGUGGUGGGUGCCCACCUCCCGCCGUGAGCAGAAGUGGUAACAGUCUGCAGCAGGCAAGGCUGGCUCCUGCCUCGCUAAGGCGUCCCCACAGGCUGGCCUCCUUGGGACAGUCAUCUUGCUUGGGUGCCAGGCCUCAUCAUCGUGUCUCCACAGAGGGGUUUUCUUGAGGCUCCUGCCUCAGGGUCAGGGCUGCGCCCAAGCUGAGCUCAGCCUUCCCAGGCAGCCAGGGCUCCCCGGGCAGUGUGCCAGCUGCAGGCCGGGCAGCAGCAGCCUAGAGCCUCUGGUCCUGACCCGGCCUCACCAGCCACCUCCCUCUCAUACCUGCUUCCCCUCUGUCUAGGCGGCCUGGCAGUGCAGCGACGGUUUACUGAAAGCAGUUUCCCCCAUUGUGGGUGAUUUUUGGGGUGAGAGGGCACACCUGUACUGGUGGUGUGCGUGAGUGGGUCAGCUCUGCGGGCCAGGACUCGGCCCACCAUGCUUGGCUUCAAUAUGAUUCCUGCGCCAACUCCUAGCCUCCCCUCUGCCCGCUCCCCCAGGCCUGCCAAGGCAGGUGUGGAGUGCCGGCCAGGCCAGGAGGUGCUGCAGAUGGCUGCUUGGGCUGCACCACAGCCACCCUCCCAGACCCCAAGCCUCUCCUCCUUGGCUUCUCUUGCCCCUGAGCCCACAGCCCAGUCCGUGAGGAGCACAGUGCAAGUCGGGGCUGCCCCAUCCCGUGAGUCUCGAGGAUGGCAUGGGGCCCUCUGCGUGUGUGACUGUCCCUGCUACAUGAGCAACUUAAACCAACAAUGUCUUCAAACGGCUUGUUGUUAGCCUUGCAUCCAGGGCUUGAUCACCAAGCACGGUGAUGCCUCAGGUCAUCCUGGGAGCAAGGCUGCUGUGGUGGCUCAGGACCGGCCGGGAGGGUACGCACCCAGCAGAGACCCCGGCUAGACUGUAGCCGACUCUGGGCUGUUUAAUGACGUGAGAGGGCUGGGUCUGAGCUGGUCUCCCUCCACUCCGUCCCGCCCCAUGACCUGCUGGACCCUGGCUGUCACCCCCCUCCGUGUAUGAAAAUGCAUGGACGCUCUCUGUCCUGACGAAAAGCCCAUGUGCUUGAACUCAGAUUUCUGCUUACUAACAUGUCCCGGGGGAGUUCAGGCCUCAUCCUGCUCCGAUCCCCACAAGGCUGUGGCAGCCCGGGCCACUAGGCUAGAGGGGCUGAAGCUUUCCAGUUCCUGAGCUGCCCGGUUGCUAGCCUGGCACUCGGCCUGCCCCAGUCCAACUGGGGCCUGCCCCAGUCCAACUGGGGCCUGCCAUUACUCAGACAUUCCAAGAGUAUGGGAAGCCAUGGUCGAGCCUCAGGCUCCGCUCAGUGACCCCUCGGGGUCAGCCUCCACUACUCCACCUUCACACUGUGCCUGAGCAAGCCACGGCUUAGAGCAGGGUGAUGCCAGGAGCCACACCUCUCAAAACCACCUGGGGGCAGCAGCCCCUUUGCCUGCAGCCAUUGCACCCCUGAACCCUGUGGGGACCAAUGGUGCUCACGACUUCCUGGAAGGGAACGGCAGACCUCUCCCAGCUGGUAGCUUUUCCAUAAAAAAGGCACCUCUGGCUGCCGAGCCACCCCUUCGCCAGCAUUUUCACAUUUUGCCUUUCACAGGUGGGAGCUCAACCAGAAAGUUUCAGGUGGGUGCACAGGGUGCCCCCCUGUGGAGCCGUGGCAAGGCGUGGGCAGGGCUCGGGCACCAGACUGUGAGGGCUGUGGAGUCGGGCUUAUUGUGUUCCGGACUCCUGUACCCGUAUGUAGUAGUCUCGGGGUGUAUAUACAGUAGCAUUUCAAAACGGACAUGGCGGUGCGGCCCCUGUCCAGGAGAGCCGGUGGCAGUGUGUGUUGUCACACGCGUGUUAGGGAGGUAGCGAGCUGCUCUGCUGUAUGCCUUAAGCCAAUAUUUACUCGUUGGGUCAUUCUUUUUCUAUGGUGGCCGUGGAAGAAACCGUUUGUACAAAAUAAAGAGAGAAAAACGG